AUGACUGCGCGGGGUGGUAUAAGUCUCCUUCGACAGAGUAGCAGAGUCGAAUUACCCAUGAGGAAGCUGAAGAAACAGAAGGCUAAGGGACGCUUCCAGCCCUCUGCCAAGAAAGUUACCGAUGCGAUGGCCCCUGGCUCUGAGCUGGUACCCUACAUUCCCCGCGAGUACGUACGCGUCACCACUCGCUUCUUCAGCAAUCCAGAACAGAUCGAGGCUCUUAUGAACUUCAUAUUCUCUCCACUCAAGCCGGAGGAUGCUGAGAGCGACAGGAAAGAGUAUGAGGAGGAGAUUGGACGCUUCCAGGACAUGCAACGGAAGUACACUGAAAACUUUAGAAAACACGAGGAGGAAGCUGAACGCCUAGCACAUGCAGCAAUUGCCCAGCUGCCGGCUGAGCUAUACGAUGAGGCUAUAAAGAGUGAGCCGGAAGCCCUUCCAAAGGAGCUCAAACUACACGUCAUGUACCACAAUCAAUUCCGCCAAGACCUCACUGAACUGGAGCAGAUUAAACUGCAACUCUUCCACAAUUUGAUGUAUAUCCGUUACCCGCAUUCCGAGCAUAAACGAAGAAGUCCUGAGAAAUUCUGGGUUCCAGAAAACAGAAUCAUGUCUCGACAGCAGGAGGCGGCCAUGAAACAGAAGGAGGCAGUACAUCGUCUGUCUGGCCGAUGA